AUGAACCUCAACACAAAAAGGGGAUUAUGUAAUGGAACCCGAUUAGUUGUGAUGAGUUCAAGAGAUCAUGUCAUUGAAGCUGAAGUGCUUACUGGGUCCGGAUCGGGACAGAUAAUCCUGAUACCACAAACUGAUUUAACAAAUAAUGGUUCUGAUUACCCAUUUACCCUGAAACAAAGACAGUUUCCUGUCAAGGCUUCGUUUGCAAUGACCAUCAAUAAGUCACAAGGACAGACUCUUGACAGGGUUGGAAUUUUUUUGUCUGAACCUGUUUUUGGACAUGGACAACUUUACGUUGCUUUUUCCAGAGUAAGGAGAGCAACUGAUGUCAAAAUCAAGAUUCUGAAAACAUCAGAACAAGGCAAAUUGAUUCCAAAUAAUAGUACUUUUUUUACCAAAAAUGUUGUGUAUACAGAAGUUUUAUGA